UAGUUAACAUAUUUCACUACGCUUCGACACUUUUAGUAUUUAUAGUCAGUUCUUUAGCCUAUUUUUUCCGAUUUUAAAUUGCAAACAGUAUAAAAGAGGUCAAAGGUCUACUUGAGGCAAACGUACCUAUAAAAAUUAUUUGAACUACUUUCGGUACAAUUGUAAAGAACCCCAAAAUUCGUUGAGUUUAUUGCGCUCGCACCUCAACCGAGGAGCAGCGCUUAUAAGAACAUCUCAGUCGUUUCGGUUAACCUUAAGUACACGCACACAUCAAUAGCCAACGACAGCGCUCAAACCCCAUAACGCAACUGAGCCUGAACCUGCUGUGUAGGCUCGAUACAACACCGUCACUGCGUGCUCCCAGUCAACACCGCUAAAGACGAGGUUUAACUGCCGAUAAUAUGAAGGCCGAGCAAUUUAAUCGGCUAAUGCGAGUUAAUGGAGGCAAGAAUCUUUGGCUACUGCGCAACACCAAUCAGCUAUACGAGAAUGCGGUUAAGACCUACUAUUCACGCAGCACCUCACUGCUACCCUAUAGUCCGGAGGUACCUCAAACUGUUAGGACUCGAGAAGAGAACCAAGCACCGGUACGGACGUUGGCAGUGCGGCGGGAACGCCAUUCGGUCACAGAAUACCCACGCAAUCAUAAGCAAAUGGCCGACCAGGCCGCCUCGGUCAGCUCCGGCCAAUUGCUAAACACUGUGAUGCAGGCGAGCCGUCGCCGAUCGAUGUCCUUCACAGCGGGCGGUCUUCGCAUGUACAGCAACCAGCUGCUGGACAACAGCGACGAGGUGCAGGAGAGGCUCAGUCCGGAGAAUAGCAGCACGAUGCUCAACGAUGCAGAGCAGCCGGCUAAUGAGCCGCUAAGGGAACGAGAUCUUGACCUGUGUGCGUUGAGUGGUCGAUCGAUGAGCCUGCCGCCGCGCACCACGCUCGAGUUGGGCAUGGGCUACACGCUUGGCAAGGGCAAGGGACCGCCCAGCUGCAAGCAUCACUUCAUUGCGCUCGAGAAGACAAUGAGCGCGAAUCAGGCGUCCAUGGCAAAGCAGCGGAAGCGCAACAAGUAUGACUCCGAUGCCGAGCAGCUGAUGGUUGUCGACGAGGCGCUGAAGCAGCGCCUUGCCGUACGCUUCGAUCGGCAGUCGGAGGACGAGCCAAACUCGGCGCGCUUUCGCGUGGGCUACGGUAGCGCCAGCCUGAUCCAUGGCCGACAUAUGCCAGGGACGCAAAAGUCAUAUAAGCUGCGCAGCGAGAAGUCCGCGCCCCACGACAUCGGCAAGGAGCACACACACUUCCACACACUCAGCGAACGCAUUCGACAGUUCGAGGUCAUUCAAUUCGCUGACGGGCCGGUCACCUUUCAGGCGUUCAAUCGACGCCAGGGCUAUGGCAGCGGACGGUACCAGUCGACGGGCAGCAAGCACCUGCCCAAGCAGCAGCCCUGCCUGAGUUUCCACAAUGUGUUGCACACGAAUCACAGGCAGCGCAGCCUCAGCUUUCAGACGCGAUCGCAGUCGCACGAAAUGAGCCCCGAGCUGGAGGAGGAGCUAAAGCCAAAGUCAAAGUCAAAGCCGAAGCCGAAGCAGAAGCAGAAGCAGAAGCAGAAGCACCAGACGCCGCUGGCCAUGAAAGCAAACAGCAAACGCAGUGCGCCGACGCUGGGGCAGCUGGGAUCGCGAUCGGCCAACUGGCGACCACAGCAGCAGCAGCAGCAGCAGCAUCAGCAUCAGCAUCAGCAACAUCAGCGCCCGCAACGACCGAAACACAUCAUGGACGUACUGGCCCAACAGAUCCCAUCAGAACCCCCGGCCAUGCAAAAUCUUUUGUCAGACAAUUCCAAAAUGAGGCGUAAGCGUUCCAAUACGCCGUCCAAAAUCUUGAAGAGCAAGUCGAAGUGGUCCGUCAAGCAAGCAAGCAGCAAACGGAACCUAAAUCAGAGCACCGGCCGCAAGGCCAACGCAAAGUUCGUCAUAGACGCCAAUGACAAUCAGAUGCAGAAAUCGGCCGUGCUCGGCCGCGACACUGAUGAAGACAUCGAGGAAGCUCUGCUGAAGCCCACGCCCCGAUUCAAUGCUGAUAGCAUUGAGAGCGUGCCGCCUAAGGCGACCGCCUCCAACAAGCUGAGCCGCACCAGCCACUUGACCUUCAUCAAGGAUACGGUUCGGCGACCGGACCCGGCGGCGUCCCCUCGCCUGGACGCCCAGCUGCAGGAGCUGAAGAACCUGAAGCAGUCGACCCGACGAGUGCACUCGGAGCUGCCCAAACAGCCGCCAGCAUCGAAGGGCGCCCACCAUCUGCUGGCCUCCAGCGCCACCCAGGUGUCUGCUCACAAGCGCGCCUUCAAGAACCGGCAGCAACUACAGCAGGCCGAAAUGCUGCACCUACAGGCCCAGCAGCUGCCCACGGAACUGCAGCUGAAGCAGCAGCAGCAGCUACAGCAGCACAAGCAGGAGCAGCAGGAGCUGCGGAACAAGCGCUUCCAUCAGCAGCAGCAAUACCAGCACCAGCUGCGCUUGGCCAAGGAGCAGGCAACGGUGCGGCAGCCCAGCUACUUUCCCACAGUUAGCAAGAGGAGUUCGAUGCCUCAGGCGAAGCCAGAGCCGCAGGCCGUGGCCAAGCUGCCCGUGCGAAUGCCGUCAAGUUCGACGUCGCAGCUUCAGUUCAAGAAGCAGCUUCAGCAGCAGCUGCAGCAACAACAGCAACAGCAGCAGCAGCAGGAAAAGCCGUCUCAAUCCGUUAGGCAGGCACUACCAAAGAUUAGGUCGGGGCGGCAAUUAAUGCCGGAGGGCAACAGGUCAAUGCCGAAGCAAUUAUCGCUGCCGCUACUCGGACCGGAGCCGCACGGAAGCCGCCAGCAUCGGGCUUCAUCAAUAGUUGUGCCCCUUGAGGUGACGACCAAGCAGAAGCGAAAGCCGGUGCCGCGCUUGGCGUACAGCUACAAGACAGUUGGCCAGACCAGCGCCUCGGAGGAGUCCAUUGCCACUAUCAGCCAACAGCGACAGCAGCAGCAGCAACAGCAACUGCAGCAACAGCAACUGCAACAGCAGCAACU